GUUUGCCUCUGUGAGCUUAGUUUGCAGCUCAUUUCUUGCUUCCAGUCAAGCCGGGACUGUCGGAACCACGCGCCAUGCUGACAACGCCGAAGUCUCUAGCCUUUGUCGCCAUGAUACUCUUGGGGGCUGCAAGUGGGGACUGUCCCUCGCCAUGCAGUUGUUACAGCGGAGGCGUGGACUGCAGCAACAGAGGACUGAUCCACCUGAAGAAGGACAUGUUCAACUGGAUAGGUGCUCAAGAGCUCCCAGAACUCACUCUCGAGAACAAUCGUUUGAUUUUACUUCCGGGCCAUAUAUUUGAUCCACUUUGGGGGCUCAAAACUCUUAACCUCAACCACAACCAAUUGAGAAUUCUUGAAGUUGGCGUUUUCUCGAGGCUAAGGAACCUCAGAUUCCUGGACAUGAAGGAUAACCAGCUGGUAACACUGCCGAUCGGACUGUUCGAGUACCAGAACAAACUGAUCUCUCUGGAUGUGAGGAACAACCUUUUGUCGACCCUCGACGUCGAGACAGUAUCUCCUAUGUUCAACCUGAAUAGUCUCGCCAUCAAAGGGAAUCCCCUAAAUUGCGACUGCAAUUUGCAACCUGUCGUAAUCUGGAGCUCCGGCAACAUAGAUAACACCGACGCUGAGUGCCACUUUCCUCCCGAGUACUCGAACCUCAGCUGGUAUGUGUUGGCAAGUGCCCUGUGCACAGUUCUACCUUUCACAGCAAGUCUCGCUCCAUCAGAAAAUGUGACAGACAUCUGUAUCGAGAUGUCGACUUCUGUUGUCGAUAACUACACCGAGAUAUUAUCGACCACUGGUGCAGAACCAGGAAGCAUGCAGCGUCGUUUCAACUCAUUUUCAGGCGGCAACAUAACUAUGGCAUUGCUGGUCUUUUUUAAUCUUCUUGUGCUGACUGUACCUUUGGUGUUUGUCUUCUGAUUCAAGAGAUAUAUAGUGAUAAACAGAGUGCGCUACGAAGAAGAGGGCCAACUGAAAUCAUUAUAUGACCGCACUAGUCCUGGUGGACAUUAUGACUGUUGCAUUCAAUCAUGGAAGAAAGGAGGUAAGAUUUAUAUGACAUGAUGUAGGCUAGUAUUUCGGAGCAUUUUAAGUUCACUAUCCUUGGUGCUGAAUAUUCUGUCAUAAUGCCCAACAGACUUCAUCGUCGUUUACCGAUCACAGUGGCCGCACAAUCGAAGGUUUGAAUUGUCUUCGCCGGCUCAAGCAUUAUGAUCGUGGGUGCGAAUCCAUCUAGAGGUUAUCUGUCUGCGUUUAUUCUGUGUUUAUGUUGUCACGUGUAGGUAGCGGC